GAGGUGUAGAAGGCUCAAUAUAUGAGUGGAUUCUACCCCAAUUGUUAGCCUGUAGGUGUCUUAGACACACCAAAUACAUGCGGCCUACUACCCACCUCUCUAACUUACUAACCUCCGGUAUAGGUACAUCACUUAGGUAAGUAUGCAGCAGCCUGAUUCAGCCUCACCACCUGUUGAAUACCACCUCUAGCAGGGAUCUCCCCCCUUUCGGGAUAUUCACACACCUCAACCCCAAGAACAACGGCAAGAAAAGGGGGAAGAGCCCGAACUCUCCUCCCUCCUGGGCCUCGGGGAGAACCUAAACAACAAUAACGCGCCGUCUACCAACACACCCAGACCCUCUGCGCCGUCUGAAAACAACAACAACAAUGAAUUUGAGCUUCCGCAGCAGCUGCCUCAGGGCGCUGUGCCAGGUCCAGCGAUCAGGAUCAGCACGUCGGCCCGUACAGCUGCAACCGCAGCUCUCACAAUCGAGAGCAUCCUCCUCCUCCUCCUCUACCCCAACCUCCGACGCCACCACCACCACCACCACCACCAGCACUCCUACCAAACCAAGCCUAUCCGCCCUCCUCUCCACACCGACCUGGUCCGUCCACUCUCUCCUCUCCCCCGCACCUUCCUCCUCCUCUCCGCCGGAAACAACCCCCGUAAUCUCCCCGCAAACCCUGCACCACCUCCUCCGACUCUCGGGCCUCCCUGCCCCGCAAGGACCCCCCAAGGAAGAAGGACAACAACAACAACCAGGAGAUGAGGAAGCGCGCAUGCUCGCCACGCUCUCCGCCCAGCUCCGCUUCGUCCGCGCCGUCCGCGCCGUCGACACCGCCGGCGUCCAGCCCCUGCGCGCCAUCCGAGACGAGUCCGCCGCCGGCCGCGCCGCCCAGACCCUUGGCCUUGCCGCCCUCCGCCCCGCCCUCGCCUCCGAGCGCGUCGUCGGCCACGCCCGGAGGCCCCGCCGCAGCGGGCGAGCCGAGGCCGCGGAGCAGGGCGAAGGCGGACAGCCGCGGCAGCAGAAGCAGCAGGGGGGGCAGCCCGAGGGGGUCGAUCCAGACACAGAGGAGGGCUGGAACGUACUCGCCGGCGCUAGCGAGACGGCCGGACGAUACUUUGUGGUUAGGACCGGCGGGCAGUCCGGCCCUGCAAGCCCCGUCCAGGUAGUGGGUUAGGGGACAUUUAAAAACGAGUCUUUUUGAUCCGUAUACGCCCAAUGCGGAUUCUCAAUAUCCGCCUGAUCUAUGGGUAUGCGCUCUGUGCGCGAAGUACAUAACCCACCCCUUCCGGAAGUCCUGCUUAGUAUAAUCUUACAAGGUCGGGGAUCUCUCCGU